UGGAGUCAGUUAAACGUUGACAUUGGAUUUGCUUUCCAGGCAAACUAACGACGCUCUGAUGCGAGGCAGCGAGGAGACCUCGGUCCAGUCGCCCAAACACACAAACUCGGAUUCCCGGAGCUCGGAAUUCGAAAUUCCCACCAGCCCGCCCCUGAACUACCAGGAAUUACACACGCCGCCCGCGAAAACCUGGCAGCCCCACCCCUCGGGCACGGGGGCCCACCUCGCCCACUCCUCCCCAGCUCACGCCUCCAGGUCCCCAAACCUGGCCGGGAUGGGGCAAGCACAAGCCAGCCGAGGGGACGAAACUGCGAUGGCCUCGAACAAGAGGAGCGCGGACAGAGUCAUCUCUGUCGAGGCGGCUGAGAGGGACUGGGAGGAGAAGCGGGCCAGCCUGACCCAGUUCAGUAACAAGGACAUUAACCGGCUUCUGGAGGAGACUCAGGCCGAGCUGAUGAAAGCCAUUCCCGAUCUGGGGUUCGGUAACAAACCCAAACCGCCCGGCGUCUCGGUGACCGAGCAAAAACCGGCCAAACCACAACACGUUCAAAAAACCACCGCCACCAAGAUUGAAACCAAUGGAAGACGACAUUCAGAGGAGCUGACGGUCCACAAGUACCGAACAGAGAAGCCAUCGAAGUCCCCGCCCCCGCCCCCCCCUCGCCGCAGCUUCCCCUCAGUUCACGGCCUGACCACCGGCCGCUCCGGAGAGGUCAUCAUCACCAACAAGAAGGAGGCCAGCCUGAAGAAAGCCGAGUCCGAUGACACAGAGACCCAGAGACCACACGUCAAGCUGCGGCGCACGGUGUCGGAUGUGAAGCCCCCUUCCACGCCCCCCCCCAUCGUGGCCUCUGCCGUCCGCGAUGACGAGGAUGAGGAAGAGAGGAUCAUGGCCGAGCUGGAGGUGUUUCAGAGAAACCCUGUGCUUCUCACAGGCUCACAGGCCGUAACUGACCAGGUCACAGAUAUCAGGCGCGAGGCGACCCCAGCCAGAGGACGGAAGGAAAUAGAGACCCCGGUGUCUCCAGGCUCGGCACAGCUUCCUGCCGUUGUGCUGAGUCCUCGGUCCUCCUGGACCUCCGUAUCCUCGUCUCCUGAACCCCCCGAUGUUGAGGAGCACCAGCCUGGAGCCACGGGAGACAGCGACGCGCAGGGAGACGAUGGAGCCUCAGAGGUCUGUGAAGUGCCCGCAAUUGAAUUGGACUCUUUAACCGCGUGGAGCCAACAGGAGGAAUCGAGCGCAGAAACCACAGGCCUGUUUGUCCCCUGUGAGGGUCAGCCCGAAGGUCUCGAGUUGAGCUACGAUCCUCUGAGCAGCUCUGAGCAUGUGCUUAUUGUGGAGCAGGAAAGCUCGCGGGCGAAACCCGCCCAGCCGUGUGACGAUGGUGAACCCGCCAGCUCUGAUUCCUCGGAGGACCUCGAUUCCCCGUCCCCUCGGGCUGAGGCUCGCUUACCGGCCGGGCAGGACCAGGAGAACGUGGCCUUCAUGAUCACCGAGAGCCAGAUCCAGGCUCUGUCGGGGAGCGAGGUCCAGGAGAUAGUGAGCGCGAAGGGCGAGGGAGUGCAGACCCUGAGCGUGUCCUCGCACAAGGAGGGAAUGUCGCCGGACGUGGAGUUCGUUCCUCGGGACCAGAAUCAAGGACCCAUCGUCUCGCUGGACAAGAAGCCGAUAAUAAUCAUCUUCCCGGAGCCCAUGGACAUCUGCACGGCCUACAAGAGACUGUCCACCGUUUUCGAGGAAUGCGACGAAGAAUUCGAGGCGAUAAUGGGGGAGAGCGGCUACUGUCGAUCACUUGCCAUCCCGGGCGAGCAGCAAGGUUCAGCGUUAGCUCCCAUCGAGGAGGCGGCUGAUGGCUUCGGCCUCACUGAGCCCAGGGCCGACCGGUCUCAAUCCCCCGAGACAGCGGAUGUGAAACGGCCGGACAGCAACGCCCCGGACAGACCGUGUGUCCCGGAGAAAGACUCCAAUCCGCUGAAGAUCCGGUUCCCCAAGCAGCAGCUCAGCGCGCUGACCAAGGCCAUCCAGUGCGGCACGAGGACCGGGCAGAAAACCCUGCAGGUUGUCAUCUACGAGGAGGAGGAGAAGAUGGACCGGGAGACGGGGCGACUGCAGACAGCCACCGUGAAGAAGUACGAGAUCCAGCAGCUCCCGAAGCCCCCAGCGAUCACCGCCAACACCUACCCCCGCACCGAGGACAUCAAGAACAAGACCUACCGACGGCUCGACAGCCUGGAGGAGACCAUCCGCGAGCUGGAAUCCACCCUCAGUGAGAUCAGCCAACACCCCUCCACCGAGUACUUGUUCUCCAAAGGGUUCCUGGCCGAGCCGAAGCCUGCCGAGUCCCUGGAGCAGCUGGUCGAUGACCCCGAGCUGUUUGGGAGUGACCGUCCGCCUGGAGCGGGGGGAGAGAGUCAGGCCAGUGCCGCGGCAGACGUCCAGCCUCUCCCCUCCCCCACGAAGAAGUCUCCGACCUCCAGGACCAAGCCCCCGCUCCUGCCGAAGCCGCACAUCCCACCCGGCAACGCAAAGGGUGGAAACAUGCCAUCCCCCAUCACCCGAACAGCCAUCCCUCCCGCUCCCAAACUGAAGCCGAUGCACGGAAGCACAGACAAGAUGAAGAUGAACAAACAGCGAGAGGAGUAUCUGAACCUGCAAAGGCAACAGCAGGGCAGCCAGCAGGUAGUUUACUUCUAACCUGCGAGACACCAUUAUACAUCACCCUGUGUGGUCUCCCC